AUGGCAGCUUCUACCAUUGACAAGUCAAAGCCAUAUUUUCCUCUCGCUGGAGGCGCUGACGAUGGCUGGUCUACCGAAGAUGAAGCGACAGCCACAUGCUUUUGUGGUGCGGUUCAACUGUCAUUCCUUACUGCAUCCGUGCACGCGACCAACUUCACGGUUUAUGACACGCACCUAAAACAUCUGCGUGGUCGCGACAACUUGAAGACAUAUAGUCAGUCGCGCACUGUGUUCUUUAAAACUCCUGGCAAGGACAACACCAUGACCAACUAUUUCUGUUCCACGUGCGGCUCCCUCAUGUAUCGCGUCGGUGCGGCUUUCCCGAAUAUGAGUAUUCUGCGCGUUGGCAGUGUGGAUGAUUUCUCUUUGCACGAGACUAAACUGAGACCUACGAUGGAGCAGUUCACUAAAGACCGCGUGGCCUGGAAGGCUCCUACGGAAGGGACUAAGCAAUUUGUGGAAGAUGGGUUGCAUGUACAAUAG